AUGUUUUGGAAGAAAGGCAAGAAUAAGGUUGAAAGUGAGUUUCCUUUGGUGAAAUGGUUGACGAAGGAUUUUAGAGGUAUAAGAUUUAAUGAGAGUGAUAUGAAAUACCUCUUCAAGAAUCUAGAUCCUAUAGUCGCUGUAAUAGUAGAGAAAGAAGGUGAGGUAAAAGGUCCAACAGGAAGAUUUACAAAUGGUAAAAAUGUUAUUGAUCUACUUGGUGAACAUGUAAAACUUGGUCCAAUUCCAACAUUUAAAGAUCCUACAACUAAAGGGAAUGCCAUUCUUCAAGGUAUUGAUUUUGCUUCUGGUGGUUCUGGUAUUCUUGAUGACACUGGUGUUGUUUCUGGAGAAGUGAUAGGCAUGAAUGAACAAAUCAGAAACUUAGAGAGUGUAACAAUACCUGAUUUGGAAAAGCAACUUGGAUGCAAAAGCAAUGAAGCACUAAGCAAUUACUUAUUUAUAGUUGGAACUGGUGGAAAUGACUUUUCACUAAACUACUUCUUGAAAUUCCCAUUCAAUAAUUCUACUCUUCCAGGCUUCAUUUCUAAAUUGAUCACUGGACUCUCUCAACAACUCCAGAAGUUGUACGACUUGGGUGGACGGAAAUUUGUGGUAAUGUCAUUAUAUCCAAAUGGUUGCAGUCCAAUGGUACGAGCUAGACUCCCAAUUUCAACGCCACAUGAUUGCGUUCAAACAAUAAAUGUACCUUUAGGUAUUGAUAAUGUGAGAGAUCCUUGUGGUGAAGUACUAACAAUAAAGGAAGGUGGGAAUUCAACUUUGUGCAAAAAUGGAGGACAAGCUUGUUCAAAUAGGAACAAAUUUGUGUGGUUUGAUGGGUUGCAUCCCACAGAAGCUGUGAAUGUUGUGCUUGCUAAUAAGGCCUUUAAUUCUGAGCUUAAUAGUGAAGUUUAUCCAACAAAUGUUAAAAAACUCAUAGAAGGGUAA